AUGGUGACCGGAGAAGCUUUGAUCGCGUACAGAGCUCUGCUCAGAGCUACGAGGAAGUCAUUCGCCGGGGAUUCCGAGAUGCUGAAGGCUUCGGCGUCCGAGAUCCGUAAGAAAUUCGAAGAGAACCGCCACGUGGCUUCCGGUUCCGACAUCCCUCGCCUUCUGGAAGAAGCGCGCGAGGCGACGGAGUUCAUUUCCACCAUGAUCGUCCAGGCGAAGCUCAACGAACGCGGCGGAUACGAGGUGAAAGCAAGUCAGGAACACGCGGGAGCGACUUUGGAGCUUCCAUCGGAGGAGAUGCUUCAGAAAAAAUCUGUAUGA